AUGCCUCAACGUACCUUGAAAUCGUCGCUGCUGCGUUUGCGGAACCUGAUGACGGCAUUCCAAGGAAUCUACACGUACAUGCAGAACUACGACGACCAGCGGGACGCGCGUGAGCUGGCAUCGCGGUUGGAAAGGUUAGACUCGCUGUGGGAGAAGAUCGAUGAGGCAAUGGCGGAAGUUGAGGAACAGUCGGAGGAUGAGGAGGAAGAGAGGUAUGUGAAAGAGCGUUUGGAUUUCCAGAAUAAAUUUUUUGAGCUGAAAGGUUUUCUCCAAUCCAAAAUGCGGGAAUAUCCCGUAUCGAGUGCAUCCCUGCCGGUUAACGAGUCGAAUUUCGCCGCAACUUCCCAUCCGCACGUUAAAUUGCCUUUGAUCAGUCUGCCUAAGUUUUCCGGAAACAUCGAAGAGUGGUUGUCAUUCCGAGAUCUGUAUUUGUCCCUUAUUCAUCACUCUGAGGAUCUACCUGUGAUUGAAAAGUAUCAUUAUCUUCGGAGUCAACUAGAAGGCGAAGCCCUCUCUGUUAUAUCGUCACUUGCGUUAACCCAAGCGAAUUACACGGUAGCGUGGGAUUUGUUGGUCAAAAGGUACUCGAACAGCAAAGCCCUUAAGCGAAAACAGGUUCAAAAUCUUUUCGAGCUUCCUUUCAUCAAACGAGAAUCAGCAUUCGAGCUUCAAGCAUUGGUCGAAGGUUUUGAGAAGGCAACGAAGGUGUUAGAUCAAGUGGUCCAGAUAGCUGACUAUAAGGAUUUGUUGCUGAUUCAUCUGUUGUGCUCGAGGUUUGACGAAAAAACGCGACGUAGCUGGGAGGAGCACAAUUCAACGAAGGAAGAAGAAACUCUGAAGGACUUGGUUGAGUUUCUGCAUCGCCGUAUUCAAAUAUUGGAUUCACUCCCCGGGAAACCCUCCGAGCAACAUCCACCUCCUAUUCGAAAGGCCAUCCAAUCCAAGGUUACUAAUCAUGGUGCUUUUCAUACUCCACCCCCCAAUUGCGUUUGUUGUUCUGAGAAUCACCCACUUUUCACUUGUUCAUCUUUCGAAAAACUUUCGGUUGGGGAAAGGGAAUCCGUGCUACGCCAACACAAUCUCUGCCAAAAUUGUUUUCGAAAAGGGCAUCAAGCUCGAGACUGCAAGUCCAAAUUCUCGUGUCGUCGAUGCAAAGGCCGUCAUCAUACCCUCGUGUGCUAUAAGGCGGGAGAGAACUCUAAGAGCACACCAUCUGAUGGAAAUACACCUAAACGAAAUGGUAACCCUAACCCCCAGGCAGAUACUUCGAAUGCCACAAUCAGCUCCAAUAUCGGGAGGUCAGCGAGAAAGGUUUUUUUGGCUACGGCAGUUGUUCUACUGGAGGACGACUAUGGAAAUUCGGUUUCAGCAAGGGCACUUUUAGAUUCGGGAUCUGAGUGCAACAUAAUAUCCUCACAUUUCUCGCAACUACUUCGCUUCAAAAGGAACAGAGCUGAUGUGCAGAUCAGCGGAAUAGGUCAAUUCCCUACUAGUACCAAGGAAAAGGUUCGUGCUAUGGUUCGCUCGAAAAACUCUAAUUACGCCCAAAUGAUGGAUUUUUAUGUAUUACCGAAAGUAACCGAGGAUUUACCCACAUCUUCUUUCUCCGAGACGCUUUGGAAUCUGCCGAAAGGAAUCACACUAGCCGAUCCAGGGUUUUUCAGAACUAAUCCAAUUGACGUUUUACUCGGUGGAGAGUUUUUCUUCAAUUUCUUUCCCUCUAAGCAACGCCUGCCGUUGGGAAAUGGUCUCCCAAGUUUAAUUGAUUCGGUUUUCGGGUGGCUAGUGACAGGAAGCGUAGCUAACAGCAAGGAAGAACCAAUUUUAUGCAAACAUUUGGCGGUUUUAGAUUCGUUGGAGAAUCUUAUGGCGAAGUUUUGGGAAUGCGAAAACGGAAGUCGUACUGUAAACUAUUCUGUGGAAGAAACACAAUGCGAAAAACUUUAUUUGGAAUCGGUAAAACGUGGGGAGGGUGGUCGUUAUACAGUAGCCUUACCGAAGUGCGAAAAUGCGUUGAACAAAUUGGGGGAUUCCAAAACUUCAGCAAUGCGACGGUUUCUGAACCUUGAGAAACGACUCUCCUCUGAUGAAAAUUUGAAAAACGAAUACCAUGCAUUCAUGACAGAGUACUUGAAUUGCGGUCAUAUGGGGAAGGCAGAUAAUCUUUCGGAUAGCACAAUCGCCUUUUACUUACCACACCACCCGGUUAUAAAAUCCUCAAGCACCACCACUCGCGUGCGAGUUGUUUUUGAUGCCUCCAGUAGAUCAUCCUCAGGAACAUCCUUGAACGACAUACUUUUGAAUGGCCCUGUAGUUCAGGACGAUUUGCGAACUCUUAUUAUGCGCAGUAGAUUUUUCCCGAUUGUCCUCAUUGCCGACGUAGAAAAAAUGUUCCGGCAAAUCUGGAUUGACCCAAAAGACUACCCGUUACAGCGCAUAUUUUGGCGAUUUUCUUCAGAAGCUCCCAUUGAAACUUAUGAACUCCGUACAGUAACAUAUGGUACAAAAUCAGCUCCCUAUCUGGCUACGCGAACUUUGAAACAGCUUUCAGACGACGAGGUUCAAAAAUUUCCGCUUGCUGCUUGUAGGCUUAGCAGAGAUGUAUACAUGGAUGAAUUAAUUACCGGAAUCAAUAGCACAACUGAAGCGAAGAAAAUUCGCUUGGAGCUGGAUAAAUUGGCACUUAGUGGAGGUUUUAAAUUACGGAAAUGGGCAUCCAACCUCCCAGAAGUACUGGAAGGAGUCAUUGCUGAGAAUUUGGCGAUUCCUUUGGACGAUGGCUUUGAUUUUGAACGUGACCGAACUGUCAAAACACUUGGUUUAGUGUGGGAGCCAAAAUCUGAUGAGCUGCGGUUCAAUUUCGAAAUUUCUCCAAUCAUUCCCGAAGAGCUUACCAAACGGAAAAUACUAUCCAACAUCGCUAAAAUUUUCGAUCCGUUAGGAUUACUAGGACCGGUGGUGACGAGCGCCAAAAUAUUUAUGCAGCUGAUUUGGGAGCAGAAAAAUAUAGAUGGUAGCCCUAUUGGAUGGGACGAACUCCUGCCCCAACCCUUAACAGACUGGUGGACAGAAUUUUAUUCCCUUCUCCCAAUUUUAAAAGAUCUCCGCAUUCCCCGCUUCGUUGGUUUAGCUUCUGCGAAUCAGAAACAGCUCCACUGUUUCUCGGAUGCCUCCGAAAAGGCAUAUGGUGCCUGUAUGUAUUUGGUUUCCAAGGACCCCACAGGAAAAACACAAGUAUCUCUCGUUUCAUCAAAAUCAAGAGUUUCACCCUUAAAACGCCAAACUAUUCCCCGAUUGGAGCUCUGUGGAGCUUUGUUAGCAGCAGAACUGUACGUGAAGGUUUUGGAAUCUAUGGAAGCCCCCCUUGAAACAUAUUUUUGGACAGAUUCUAGAACCGUUCUACAGUGGUUGGCACAAACCCCUAGCACUUGGACCACAUUCGUGGCCAAUCGUGUUUCUUCUAUCCAGAAUUUCACCCAAAAUUGCACUUGGAAACAUGUGCCAGGUAUAAUGAAUCCCGCUGAUCAAUUAUCCCGAGGGCUCAACGCUGAGCAAAUUGUCACCGAUCAAACAUGGUGGACUGGCCCACCAUGGUUAGCACAGGACUUCGAGCAUUGGCCAAAUUCAAUCAAUCAACCCUGUGAAGAAAAUGUCCACGAAGAAGAACGAAGGAAGGUGGUAGGUGUUGUAGCUGAAAACGAAGGCACAUUCAACGAUUGCCGCAACCACCACGACGAAAUGCAGCAAGUAUGCAGUGAAGAAGGCAUCGAUUGGCAGCUGAACCCUCCCUCCGCUCCUCACUUCGGUGGCUUGUGGGAAGCCGCUGUCCGCUCCGCCAAAAAACAUCUGCUACGUGUUUUGGGAAAUUCCUCUGCCUCCCACGAAGAUUUCGAAACUCUCCUUGUCCAAGUCGAGGCCUGUCUCAAUUCUCGACCUUUGACACAACUUUCCGACGAUCCCAAGGACUUCCAACCGCUCACGCCAGCUCACUUCCUCAUCGGUUCCUCCAUCCAUGCGCUCCCCGAAAAAGACCUCAGCUCAACACCCGAAAACCGACUGAAGCAGUACCAACUGAUGCAGCAACAGCUCCAACGUUUCUGGCGAAGAUGGCACAUCGAGUACCUGACUCAGCUCCAACCUCGAAUCAAAAACUGGCAGCCUCCGAUCAAGAUCGAGCCCGGCCGGCUUGUCAUCAUCGUCGAUGAAAACCAACCGCCGAUGAAGUGGAAGAUGGCCCGUAUUCACCAAGUACACCCUGGCAAUGACGGUGUAACCCGAGUUGUCACCUUACGAACGUCCAAUGGUUAUAUGACUCGCCCUGUAACCAAAAUUUGCAUGCUUCCUAUUCCAACCAACGAUGAAAAUAUGUCUUCAGGUCCAGACACCUCCGUGAAGACUACUGAAAUCUAG